AUGUUGUUUCGUUUUCUGGCCUUGUUGCCAUUCUUGGCUGGAACAUUCGCUGAAUACAAGGUGCACGAUGAUACCUUCAAGCCUGACUACGUUCUAGAAGCAACUUUAGACGAUAUCAAGAUCAACUGUGUCUCAAGAUCGUCAAUCGUAUUCAAUGGCACCUCUCCUGGACCGACGAUAUACCUCCAAGAGGAACAGACGACUUGGAUUCGAGUUUACAAUAAGAUUCCAGACAACAACGUCACAGUCCACUGGCAUGGUCUGAGUCAGCGAGCCGCACCUUUCUCUGAUGGUACUCCCCUCGUCAGUCAAUGGCCCAUCCCAGCCGGCCAAUUCUUCGAUUAUGAGAUUCGACCAGAGAUUGGAGACGCAGGAUCUUACUUCUAUCAUUCGCACGUCGGCUUUCAGAUCGUGACUGCCUUUGGAGCUUUAAUAGUCCGAGAUGCUGGAAAGCCAGAGUACAAGUAUGAUGGAGACAUCCCUCUUCUGGUAGGCGAUAACUAUGCUGCCGAGGAUGAAGUGAUAGAAGAGGGCCUAUUAGCAGAUCCCUUCAAGUGGUCUGGAGAGCCUCAAGCUAUAACUAUCCAAGGGAACAGCGGCAACAAGAGUUUCUAUGAAGCACCAGACUCUAGCUGUAUGCCUCAUGUCGUUAACGUUGACCCCGGCAAAACCUAUCGGCUUCGGUUCAUCAGCGCUACAGCGUUGUCUAUGAUCAAGCUUGGAAUAGAAGAUCACGAAAACCUUACAGUCAUUGAGGCUGACGGGUCAUACACAAAGCCUGCUAAGAUCGAUCAUGUCCAAGUGUCACCUGGUCAGCGCUACAGUUACCUCAUGAAAACCAAAACUUCGAAAGAGGUGUGUGGAGGUGACAAGUCGCAGUAUUGGAUCCGGUACGAAAGUCGCGAUCGACCGAAAGUGAUCAGCGGAUACGCCUUACUCAAGUAUCGGUGUGACAAAAAACAGCAGCUUCCAAAAUCACUACCCGAGACAUCACCCAUCGAACUGUCCAACAGUACUGCUGACUAUCUCGAGUAUGCCCUGGAAGGCUUAUCGGAGAAGAACAACCAAGCAUUUCCGAGGUUGUCAGAAGUGACGAGAACAGUUGUUAUUCAGAUUAACCAGAUCCUCACUACUGGAGCUUAUGUUAAUGGAACGUUGAAUGGCACAGUAGCUUGGGCCCAAAAUGGCCUACCUUGGAAAGAAAAUGUUCAGGCUGAGCGUCGUCAAGUCCCAUAUCUCAUUCAGAUUUACGAGAAUGGCACUACUCCCAACUAUACUCUUGCUCUGGAGCACCAUGGUUUCGAUCCAGAAACUAAGGCAUUCCCUGCCAAGGUCGGUGAAGUCUUGGACAUAGUCUGGGAGAACAACAACGGUCCUACAGGUGGCUGGGACUACCAUCCCAUGCACGUCCACGGAUACCACGUAUACGAUCUCGGCUCUGGCAAUGGUACCUACAACGCAACCGAAAACGAAGCUCAUUUCGAAAACUUCACCCCUGUUCUACGGGACACGACGAACCUCUAUCGAUAUGCUGUCAAGGGUGUUCCGCAUCACACCGCUGGUUGGAGAGCUUGGCGAAUUCGCAUCACCGAGGAGAACAUUGGUGCCUGGAUGAUGCAUUGUCAUAUUGCUCAACAUCAGGUCAUGGGUAUGGCCACCGUUUGGGUGUUUGGUGAUGCUGAGCAGAUUCGGGGCAAGUUCCCUGCUCCGCCAUAUACGCAAGGGUAUCUCACCUAUGGUGGAAGUGCUUAUGGAACUGAGGAUGAUCAACCUUGGGUGAACGAGUACUACAGUGAAAAGGGUAAUUAA